AUGACGGACCAGGCUCACGGGUCUUCACUUCUUCAGGCCCGUGAAGCUGCGCAUUUGCGCCGUCAUAACCACAACCACAACCACAACCGCAUUCAUAGGAGGGAGACCGGAGACGAUCACCAUCGUAAUCUGCAUCAGCAUCGCCGUCACCUCCAACAGCACAACCAACACGUUCGUUCACAUGCGGAUUCGCCCAUCACCCCACCGCCUUCCCAACAGCCGCAGCGUCGCCAAGUCCCCGACGCUGUGGAGUCGAUCAUUACCCAAGUUGUCCGGACCGUCUCGGUCAUCCAGUAUGUCGACGGGGUUGGUUUGCCCGUUGCAGUUUCCACCGUCUUUUCGCCAGCGCUCACCCAGAUUAUCGACCCAAUAACCGAUAUCACCGUGGACAGCUCCCUGUCUAACUUGCCGCUGCCGACGCUGCCUACACCACCCGUCCCGAAGCUGAGUUCCAGCAAUUCGGCUAGCGGAAAUGGCAGCGGCGGCAGUAUCGGCGCCACUCCCCCGUCGCAGACGGGUUCCCUGUCAUCGUCCUCGCGACCGCUUCUGUCGGUGACAUCCACUCCUUCUAGUGCACCGCCGCUGCCUACCACCCGACCGGGCAUUUUCAACUCGACGUCUUCCACUCGACUGUUCAACAACACCACCAUUCGGUCUCACUUCCUGAAUAGCUCCAGUAUUUCGGCGACAUCUCUCUCAACCUCGUCGUUGUCUGAAACCACCAUCACAUCUUCGACGUCAACAUCCUUGAGCUCAUCAUCUUUUACGACCUCACGAACGGCUGAUGUGGCAGGCGGUUUCGUCCCCAACGGUGCUGUCCCAGCCCCGACGUCGGCUCCGACUUCUGCAGCCGCCGGACCAGCCUCGGUGCCCCCUCCCACGGAAACAUUGGUAGGCGGCGUCGUAGGCGGCAUCUGCGGUAUGGCGCUGCUCCUCUUUGCGGUCGUCUUCAUUCUCAGGUGGCGCAGACGGCAAAUUAGCGACCACAGGAUGCUCCCCGACGGAACAGGCCGACCGGGCGACAAGAACAAAGGUUUUUCGAGCCGCAUGUCGGAGCGGGGCAUUUCGUUCGCUGUCCCAGCGGCCCUGGCAGCCUUAUCGGGCAAGAAGGCGAUAGCUCCCCCCGAGGGUGAGGAGAGAGGUUUUGUGCGCGUCUCGGGUCGCAAGCUUCCCUCGGUGUUCCACCAUGGCGGCGACGGCUUCACGAAUCCGUUUUCGGAUCCGCGGGACAGCACCAUUUCCGGCGGCGACCAGUCCAUCAUGUACCGUGACUCGCAGAUGUUCUUCUCCCCGCCGCUCGGCAGUGGACCCGAUGCCGGUUUUUCGCCCGGAGGCAGCAGGCUCAAGCUGGGUUCGCCAAUGCGCCCGGAGAGCGGUAUCCCCGUCAUACAGCCUGGCCCGGCUCGCACUCCUGUCGAAGAGGCCAUUUCGGCAUUCCCGGUGCCUUCUCCUGCUACUACGGCACUGAGGCCACCUCCGUCCCCGCUUCCGAACGAGCGAGACCCGCUCGGCCGGAGCCACCCGUCUCAGGAUGGGUCUCGCGCUUCAAGGCUGUCACAGUCUCGAUUCACUGAGAACAUGGCCUAA